GUGGGCGGGGCUAAACCCGGAAAAAGGAAGUAGCCGAGGCGACUAAGGAAAGGAAGUGUUUUGGAAACUUUGGCGCUUACCACCAAUGAAAAAUCAAAUGCAGCUCAUUUGAAUUGGCUAAAACUGCGAGAAUUUGGCCUUACUGCGUAUAAGUAUAGAGUUUAAACAUUGCGCUACAGAAUAUGAGGUUUUGCACAACGCUUUGAAUAGGACCGCGUACGUCGUUUUGUUUACAUGGCGAAACAACUGGCGAGCUAACACUGGCCUAGCCUCUCGGCUCGGGGAAAUUGGAGUCACAUGAGCCGACGAUGAACACGGCUCGCUAACAACGGCGACCGCUUUUACUCACUCGUUGAUGUUCACAAUGCCUUGCUCGUGCGGGAACUGGAGAAGGUGGAUUCGGCCUCUGGUGGUCUUGCUCUAUAUUCUGUUGUUGCUCGUUGUCCUGCCGCUGUGCGUGUGGGAACUUCAGAAGUCGGAGGUUGGCACUCAUAACAAGGCAUGGUUCAUAGCUGGCAUAUUUGUCUUCAUGACCAUUCCCAUAUCACUAUGGGGCAUCCUGCAGCAUCUGGUUCACUACACGCAGCCUGAGCUUCAGAAACCCAUCAUCAGAAUUUUGUGGAUGGUGCCAAUCUACAGUUUGGACAGUUGGAUUGCCCUGAAAUAUCCCCACAUCGCCAUUUACGUGGACACGUGCCGCGAGUGCUACGAGGCCUACGUGAUCUACAACUUCAUGACCUUCCUUCUCAACUACCUGGAGAACCAGUACCCGAGCCUGGUCAUGAUGCUGGAGGUCCAGGAGCAGCAGAAGCACCUGCCGCCCCUCUGUUGCUGCCCGCCGUGGCCUAUGGGCGAGGUUUUGCUAUUAAGGUGCAAGCUGGGCGUGCUGCAGUACACGGUGGUUCGACCGGUCACAACAGUCAUCGCUCUCAUCUGUCAGCUGUGCAAAGUGUACGACGAAGGCAACUUCAGCUCCACCAACGCUUGGACCUACCUGGUCAUCGUCAACAACAUGUCACAGCUGUUCGCCAUGUACUGCCUGGUGCUGUUCUACAGGGCUCUGCGAGAGGAGCUGAGUCCCAUCAAGCCGGUGGGCAAGUUCCUGUGUGUCAAACUGGUGGUCUUUGUCUCAUUUUGGCAAGCGGUGCUCAUCGCCCUGCUGGUGAAGGCGGGCGUCAUCUCUGAGAAACGCACGUGGGACUGGCAAACCGUGGAGGCCGUAGCCACGGGACUACAGGACUUCGUGAUCUGCGUGGAGAUGUUCCUGGCGGCCAUCGCUCACCACGUGAGCUUCACGUACAAGCCUUACAUCCAGGAGGCCGAGGAGGGCUCCUGCUUUGACUCCUUCAUGGCCAUGUGGGACGUCUCCGACGUCAGGGCCGACAUCUCGGAGCAAGUCCGCAACGUCGGCCGGACGGUGAUGGGUCGCCCGCGGAAGCCGUACUUCGGCGAGGCGCAGAACUCCGGCGAGCGCUCCGGCCUCCUCUCGUCAUCGGGCUCCCAGGACGCCGUCGGCGAGGCGGCGUCCGACCCGCCGUCGCCCGGGGGUCGCUACCAGGGCAUGGGACAGACGCCCCGCUCCUUGUCGGCCCCCGCCGGCCUGGCCCGGGGACAGGAAGUCAGAAGUGACGCGAGCGGCGGCGGCGGGGACGAUGACGAGGACGAAUCAGAUCGGGUCGUGGUCACCUAGCUUGAUUGCUAACAAAUGGGCGGGACCCAAUGACUUUGCUAAUUGUGGCAAAGCAAUCAUUAAUGUGACAGCUGCAAGAAUGUUCAGUGAGGAAAUGACAGCUGACUUGGUUUUAUGUUGGAUCACAAAACUCACAACUCUCAUGAAUAGCCUUGGAAGUCACGUUUGAAAGCUCGAGGCCUCAUUUGUUAAUUAUUCGCAGGGAGCCGUGAGUCAAAUAAAUUACCUCUUGGUUUUUGUGUCUCA